GGCCCGUUCCAGCACAAGGGGAAAAGGUCACACGGCCCAGCCUCCCUACUCCCCCGUCCUCUCCACUUUGACCGCCGGCGCACGCCCAAACCCUCGUUCGCCGGCGCAGAUGGCGGCCGACGCUCUCGCCGCCCCUUCCUUCACAGUUCGGGCGCCACGCACCUGAUCGGCCGCUCCUCAUCUCCACGGGCGGCGAUGGCGCCGGGCUCCCAGAAGAAGAACACCAAGGGCGUGAAGGAGGUCGACCCGACGGCCAAGCUCACCGACGACCUCCUCGUGGACAUCAUCUCGCGCGUGCCCUACAAGUCAACAUGCUGCUGCAAGUGCGUCUCCAGGCGUUGGCGGAACCUCAUCUCCCACCGCGACCACCGAAAGAAGAUGCCGCAGUCCGUCGUCGGCUUCUUCUACCAAGAUCCUUCGCUGUCUUUCCUGCCCACUUGCGACAGCCUUGACAUCUUGGACGCCUGCAAUGGCCUCCUCCUCUGCCGCUGCUGGAAGGCUGCUGAUCCCCUGGAAUUGGAUUAUGUUGUUUGCAAUCCCACCACUGAGAAAUGGGUGUCCUUCCCUGCCACCGACUGGUCCAGCAAGGUGAGCGUCGCUCGCCUCGGAUUUGACCCGGCCGUUACUUCCCACUUCCAUGUAUUUGAGUUCAUAGAUGAGGAGGCCUGGGGUAUAGCCGAGGACGAGCAAAGCGAGUGCUAUGGACGCAUCCAAACACUAGCAAUUUACUCGUCCAAAGCUGGAGCGUGGAAAUAUCAAACAGUUGAGCAUGGACCAUUUGCGAUACCCAAGAAUUCACCCGGCUCAUUUUUAAACGGGAUCCUUAAUUUGGCUGCCUAUAAUAAUUUAAUUGUAGCUGUUGAUGUGGAAGGAGAUAAUUGGUCACUUGUUCAUAUUCCUAAGCCACCGUACUAUGCGGAUGAUAUCAAUGGCAUAUUUCCAUCACAGGGACAGUUGUAUUUUGCAAAUAGUCCUGCUGAUUCUGAUGGUUCUGAAUUAUCAAUCUGGGUUCUUGACGACUUGGUUACAGGAAAAUGGACUUUGAAGCACAAUGUGAGCCACUUGCAGUUGUUUGGAACAAAGUAUUCAUCGUAUGCGAAUGAUUAUAGUGUUAUUUCAAUGCAUCCAGAACACAGUUUGAUUUUUAUAGUCGGUGGACAUGACAAGACACUAAUGUCAUAUGACAUGGAUUCUAGACAGCUGCGUUUUAUAUGUCAACUUGGCUCUGAGUGUAAAGCUGAAUUGCCUGCCUGUGGCGACAAGACUCUUUUUCAUCCACAUGUUCCCUUGUUCUCACAAUCAUUGGCGGAUGGGUAGUAAAUGUCUAUUCAGCUGUGUUCUAUGUUAACUUGGAUGUGAAUGUGAAGUUCAAUGGCCUGGCUGCUGCAUACCACAACUUCAUAAUUGUCCAUGUUUCUGAUGAUAUUUGAGUUAGGUCUUCAAUUUGGGCAGCAGUGACUGGGGUAGACAUUUAUGAAGUUCUGAUAGUUUCUAUUGGCACUUGAGCACUGUGUCCUGACUAUUGCAGUAACUUAGUGACUGAACUUGCCUUUGUGUACUGUGUA